AAAAAAAAAAUUAUAAUUAUAGGUUUAUAGGAACAAAAAUGGAAAGAACGACAGGUUGAUCAAGGGGAACUUUAGAAGCGCAGUAAGUGUUGAGCAACCUGGUUUGUCUUAAAAUCAAAUCCUUGUAGAAGGCCGCCGCUGGUCUCCAAAGGCCACUCCAAUUACUGAGAGGGAGGCGGGAUGUAGUGUUGCUAUAGGGAAGUUAAACGGGCAGAGCUGACACCUGCGUGUGUGUGUGUGUGUGUUUCUAACAUGUUUUCAUCCUGUGAAUGUGUAGGUGCAGGGACAGGAGGGAGAGGCAGGAUAGGAUUUUUCAGUCCUUGAAGACGUGUGUGUGUGUGUGUGUGUGUAUAAGUGUGCUGGAGAGGGGGGUGGCGGUUUGAAAGAGGUGGUCCCUCUCGUGGUCCCUCCCCAGCCCUGCCCCUCCACAUGAAGGAGUAUCCUGUAGCGGGUCCCAAAACUGGAAACUCAUGCAGUCCCUUCUGAAUGGAGCGUCUUUAACGUGAGAGUGGAGGACUUAACUUUUCAGAACGAGAUCAUGAGAGCCACGCGUUUGGUCCCGGUCGCCGCCCUGCUGACCCUGCUGACCCUGCUGCUCUGCCUUCCCAGUCCAGGUUAUGGAGAAUCCUACUUUGGGGACAGCCACUGCACUUUACAAGCCGUUCAAGAUGUCUCCACCUUCCAGCUGUCCCUACAGAUCAAGACGAGUCGCCGAAGUGGGCUGUUGUUUCUGGCUGCAGGAAGGGAGGAUUACCUGUUUCUCGAACUCCUAAACGGGAAGGUACAGGCCCGGAUGAACAUGGGGGCUGGUGACGUGACACUUUUUUCAUUCCAAGGACUGUCGCUGAACAACCUCGAGGAACACAACAUCUCGCUGACGCUGCGCGACGACAAACUCACCAUGACCAUUGACGAGCUCUAUCCAACAUCUGUUCCUGUGGACGACGAUGGCGAACUGCUCAAUAUCGACACAGGCAUCUGGCUCGGAGGAACAGGGUCCCUGGAUGCUCCUUACCUCAACAAUUUCAUUCCCCCUUUCCGUGGCUGCAUGACUGAGGUCAAAUUUGAGUCCCACCAGUUCGACAUCCUCGGCGAGGCGUUCAAACAAUGCCACGAUACGAAGGAGUCCUGCAGCAGUGAGUUUGAGGCCGGUGAUGGGGAGACGACUAGUUUCAGCACCCCCGAUUCCUUUGUGUCCUUCCCUACCUGGAGUGGGGCUAGCGGUGCUCCACGAGUCUUAGAAAUCUUAAUGAAAACCACCAUUGAGGACGCGUUGCUUGUUUUCCACCCUGGCCGAGAGUCCGACUUCAUUGCAAUUGGUGUUGUGAAAGGCUAUCUCAAAGGAGUGCUCGACAUCGGCAGUGGCUUGCAGGUUCUGGAGAAUACCCAGGUUCAGCUGGAUGAUGAUCAGUGGCAUAGAGUUCGUGUUAAAGUCAGUCAGGACACUUUCGUCAUGAAUGUAGAUAGCCAGUCUUCCUCCCUUCCUCUUGACUCAUCGCACAAAUUGGACCUGGUUGGAAACUUGUAUCUAGGGGGCAUACAGGGGAUAAUGAAGGACGUCUUUCGUGAGAGCGGGUCCUUAAUACGUGCAGAGGAGGAAAUGACAGCAGAAUCCUUCAUUGGUUGUUUGGGAGAAAUCAAAGUGAAUGAGAAAGAUAGAAGCCUACGGGACGCUCUUGUGACCAAAGACGUUCAUGUUAAAUGUGAAGGAGAGGAUUAUGACUACUCAAGCUACUAUGAAACAGACGCAACUACAUCUUCUACACCUCGCAUCCUAUAUUCUGAUAUGGACACCAACUACCAGCAUUGCAACCCAACAGAUGACACGCCAGAGAUAUUCCAAAAUGUCACAAAACUCCUUGAUGUCACCCCAUUGCUUGUGCCCGAAGGUGGGGAAGCUUUACUUUCCAUCCACAACCUAAAUCCUACAUUUAACCUCAGUGCCGCAGGAAUGCAUCAAUCUCAGAUUAUCUUUACUAUCGAGAACGACCCCUGGUAUGGCUCUGUUGACAUAAACACUAAUACGAGACGCACACAAAAGUUCACUCUUCUCGAUGUCAUCAAUAAGAAAGUUAAAUAUAUGCAUGAUGGAGAUAAAAGUCAUGCAGAUCAAGUCCGUCUGCAGGUGGUUGCUGAAAGUGACAGCUACCUUCCAGAAUGUUUAAAGGCUUCUCAUGAGUAUGUCCUCUCAGUGGAAAUUCUUCCAGUUGAUGACGUACCACAAGAAAUCCCCAUCACGGAAAACGGCAGAACUCGAUUGAGCCCAUCUCUUAUCAAAAUCACAGAGUCUGACACCCGCUGUGACGAAUCAGUAGUAACUCUGAGCUCAGAGCUUUCCAUGGAAGUUGGUUACCUAGAAAACGGUCAGCAGCCAGGAAGGAGCAUUACAGAGUUCUCUUGCAAGGAAUUAAAAGACGGAAAUAUCUUUUUCAUACACACAGGGGGUAGAGCUACUGAAAUUACCUUCGAGGUGUUGGAUGGACAGUCAAUAAGUCAUUCAACUACUUUUACAUUAUCUGUGACACAGCCACAUUUGACUAUUGUCGCCAACACUGGUCUUCUCUUGUCUCAAGGAAGCAAUGCCUCCAUAGGUGUUCAAAAUCUGUCAGUGAUCGCCCAUCCUCGUAAUGGGGAUAUUGUGUUUGACAUUACACAACCUUUGAUAUUUGGAGAACUACAGAUUAUGACAAGUGAUAGAAGGUACAGGCAGGUUACAACAUUCCAUCAAUUUGAUCUAGAUCAAGACCUCCUUCGGUAUGUCAGCACAGAAUCUACUGACCAGGAAGAUAUUGUGACCGAGCGGAUUCAAUUCGACGCCCACCUGGGGCAGUACUCCCUGUGGAACCACACCUUCUUGAUCAAGAUCGUCCCUGCACAAGUGAAAGUUGCCAUUUUUCCACUAGAAAUGAAGGCAGGUACAGAGGAAACAAUUGUACUCACAAAGCUUCAUGCUGAGGUAAAAGGGAAAAAUCCGGAUCCACAAACUGUACAAUACAUCCUUGUCAAGCCUCCAACAAUUGGUAGCCUCAUGUUGUCAGACAGAGAGUUGAAUGAGGGGGACACCUUUACACAAAAUGACAUUUUGGAGAAUACUGUUAGCUACAGUUGCUACAGAACUGUGGCUAGUACAGACCAGUUCCAGUUCAGAAUCCUCGCUGAUGGUCAGUACUCUCCACUGUACACCCUUCCCAUUACCAUCCUCGCCAAUGCCGAUGCUCCUGUUUUGACCACUCAGAGACUGGUUGUCUUGCAGGGUGGGGAGAAUGCUCUGAAUGAAAACUAUCUGUGGAUACAAUCUCCAAGUUCCACAGAUUUUAUGUACCGGGUCACAGAGGAGCCGAAGUAUGGGCGACUUAUGAGGGACACCCCACCUGGGCAGCCUAAAUUUGAGGGAGCGAUAAGGGUAUUCAGCAACGAAGACCUCAAGUUUGAAAGGCUUAUUUACAAGCACGACGGCUCCAAAACAAACAGUGAUGAGUUCUAUUUUUCAGCAGUUGAUCAAGCGGCAGAAGAUUACCCUAAGGACACAGUGGAUGGAGUUUUCAGAAUAUCCAUCCAACCAAGGAACGAGCAUGCUCCUGUGAGGGUUGUGGACAAAGUCUUCAACAUAGUCCGCCACGACCAGCGUCUACUAACAACCGAUGUCAUCCAGUUCAAAGACGACGACUCUGGUUUCAAUGACACACAAAUUGUGUACGCUCGCGCGGGAAUCCUCUCGGGCAACAUCGUCUCAACAUCUAACCCCUCACAGCCCCUGUUCCGUUUCACACAAGCCGACCUGCGAGACAAGAACAUCCUCUUUGUUCACCACGGAGCCGACCGGGAGCGGUUCUCCCUGCAGGUGUCGGAUGGCUUCCACAGCACCACCGCACUGCUUGAAAUCCAGGCGGGCGAGCCCUAUCUCCGGGUGGCCAACAACACAAUCGUGGUCAUCGACCACGGAAGCACAAAGACCCUUAACACAACCCUGCUGAGCGCCGACUCCAACAUGGACAUCAGAGACGAUAGCGAGAUCAAGUUCCAGGUCACGUCCCCACCCGACGAUGGAAGGAUCAUCGUGAGUGGUGUCGAGGCUGCAGAGUUCACCCUGGAGGACCUGAAAAAAGCCGUUGUGUCUUACGAGCAUAAUUCUGAAAGUCUGAGAUCCAAGGACUCCUUUGGCUUCAGCAUCCAAGCAAGAGGACAUUCGGAAGAAGGCACAUUCAGGAUUAAGAUAUUCAAGCAAGGUUAUCUCUCUGAGCCUGAGGUGAUAAACAACAAGGUCAUCAUUUCCUAUGAGGGAGAGCACACUGUGAUCAACCAGGAUCAUCUCAAGGUGGAGCAAGCCGAUAUUCUUCCAAUGGAAAUGGUGUUCAUCAUUACAGGACUUCCUCUUCUCGGCCACCUGGUCAAACUGACUAACAGCACAGGCUCUCCGGUCCUCGACUACAUCCACUCCUUCACUCAAGAGGACAUUAAUCGGGGACACGUCCUCUAUGUGUCUGCAACCUUUGAGGGCGAUGACGCCUUCACAGUUGAUGUCAGCAACGGUUUUACUACGGUGGAGGACCUGCGCGUCUCUGUGAACAUCGUGCCUCAGCUCAUUCCCAUCCACACCUUCAACUUUACAGUGAGAGAAGGUCUCAGCAGGGCAAUUGACGCAGAGAUCGUCAACAUCUCACAUCCAUUUUACACCUCGGAAAACAUUGAUUUUGUUGUGGAAGAGGCACCGCAGCACGGGGAGAUCGCUUACCUUGCUAGAAAAGAAGUGAUCAACUUCACAUGGAAAGAGCUGAAACUUGGACACAUCUACUACGUGCACGACAGCACAGAGAGCACGGAGGACAGUUUCACCCUCUCUGCCUCGGCCUAUGAGAUCGAGCGCCGGAGCCUUCCCGUCACCAUCAGGGUGACCGUGAUACCGGUCAACGACGAGCCGCCGAACCUGGCGCGGAACACGGGACUGGAGGUUCUGGCCGGAGAGGAAGCGGACAUCACCCCCAGCAUGCUGAGCACCGAGGACGGCGACACUCCUGCCGAGGAGCUGGUUUACCACGUGGAGGGGCCGACCGGCGGCAUGCUGGCGCUGAAAGAGGCCCCCGAAGAGGGCAUCCUAAAUUUCACACAGGCUCACAUAGACAAAGGGGAGGUCAUCUUCAUUCACGAGGGUGAGGAGUCUGGAGGUUUCAGUUUCACGGUGACAGACGGCGAGCACACAUCUCCUCUCUACAGAUUCGUUGUCACGGCCAGGCCUCUCACCAUCACCAUGGUAACGCAGGAGGAGCUGAUGGUGUUUCCAGGAACAAGGCAGUCUAUUACCAGCGCCAAUUUGGGAGCUGUGACCAAUGAGGAUGGCAAUGAGAUAAACUACGCCAUUAUCCGCCUCCCUCGCUUGGGAAGACUGAUCCUGGCCAAUGACAGGAACCAGUAUGAGGAGAUUACCCGCUUCUCACAAACACAGCUGGAGUCUGGAUUGGUCUACUACGAGCACCAGAUACCCGAGGAGCCUUUUUGGCUGGUGAGGGACUCCGUGGAGUUGACGCUGUUAUCCCCACCGGCCCUCGAUGUCCAUCACAUCCUGCCCAUCACCAUCUCGUAUUUGGCUCCUCACAGCAACCUUUCCUCGCAGCUGUGGAAGAACAAAGGUUUGGAAAUUGUGCAAGGCCAGAGGAAAGUCAUCGAUGAUUCGAUGCUUGAUGCCUCCAACCUCCUGGCUGACCUACCCGAAGAUGAUCGAGCAGAUGUGGAUGUGGUCUUUCACGUUGAGCGCUUCCCUGACCACGGUCGUAUCACUCUGGGAGGUCGGGACCUGCCUCGUAAUGCCCCAUCCUUCAUGCAAGAAGAUGUCACUCAGGGAAAGCUGGAGUAUGUCCAUGACGGCUCAGGUUUCCCCAAUGACGCGUUCUUUUUUCAAGCCCGUAUAAAAUCUGAGGGUGAGGGUUCAGCCUCAAUCGCCGGAGCCCUGAUGCUGGAGGAGGUAUUUAAAGUCUCGAUCAAACCACGCGGCUCCGACUCCCCAGAACUAGUCACUAUAGACAUGCUCUUGGAGGUUCUCCAAGGCUCCACGACCCUUUUGACUCAAAAGCAUCUCAACACCCGAGAUGAGGACAGUCCGCCGCAUGAGGUGCGCUUCAAAGUGACCAAAGACCCGAGCAACGGCCAACUGCUCGACAUGCUCACCAUGCGCCCCGUCUCUGAGUUCACACAGGAGAUGGUCAAUCGUGGGCAGGUGGGCUUCUCCAGCGACGGCAGCCUCGCCAACGGCUUCAUGGAAUUCGUCGUGUCGGACGGAGAGCACCAGACGGAGGCGCACACGCUCCACUUCGGCGUCCUCGCUCGCACCUUGUUCCUCGACAAAGCUUCCGAGAUCAAGGUGAAGCAGGGCGAUGACGAGACCCUGGUGACCGAGGAGAUGUUGAAGGCCACUACAGGGGGCCCUGUAGAGGAGGACAUCCUCUACAAGAUCACCAACGUACCCAAGUAUGCGGCUGUCAUGGUCGAUCGGCAGCCUACGUCCGCCUUCACCCAGAAGCAGAUCAAGGAAGGCAGAGUCAGUGUCCGGUUUGUUAAAUCAACGUCACCCCGCGACAGCGUUUCCUUUGUAGCGCGUAGCAAGGCUGCUAAUGUGUCCUCUGUCCUCAACAUCACCGUCCAGCCUCUGGCCAACAUCGCCCAGGAUCCUCUGCUACCGCAAGGGGCCCUUGUCCAGUUGGACAGGAAGCUCCUUGAUGCAACUCUCCUGGCAAACAAGACCAGAUCGUCCCCCACGUUCACCGUCAUCCAGCAGCCCCAGGGGGCUCACUUCGUGAGGUCCAAGGGUCCCGGUGCAGGUCAGCCAGUGGACACAUUCAGCCAGAGGGACCUGGAUGAGGGGCGAAUAGCUAUGGAAAUCCUGAAUAGUGCCUCUGGAUCACAAGGCGGGGUCAGUCAGGACGAGGCCCGCUUCCUGCUAAAAGCCCACGGAGUUCCUCCAGCAGAAUGCGUGCUUUCCUUCCAGACGGGCCCCUACAACGCCUCGGGGGUCUACCCUCUCACUCUGUUGAGGGUCCCCUCAGAAGCCCCGAGCAAUGAACUCCCUGAAGCCGGGUCUCCUCGUUCCACCUCGGCCAGCCCCCGCUGGAGGGACGACAGCGUCUGGCCCCGCGCAGAUGCUCCCACAACAACAACAUCUUCUGGCUCUGGCUCCAGCGGGAAACCACACGUUUCCAGGCGCAACAACUUCUGGUCCAUUCUCAUUCCGAUCCUGGUGCUCCUUCUCCUCUUACUGCUGGCGGCCUUCUUGGCGUACUACCUGAUCCGUAAAAACAAGACGGGCAAGCACGACGUCCAGACCGCGGCAUCCAAGCCCAAGAACGGGGAGGUGGCCAGUGCAGAGACCUUCCGCAAAACCGACCCGGCCAACAACAUCCCCAUGUCCAACAUGGCCUCCAAGGACGCAGACCCGGAGCUGCUGCAGCACUGUCGGACAACGGACCCGGCCUUGAAAAAGAACCAGUACUGGGUGUGAGACGCGCCGAGGCAAGACACAGAGGGAGGUGUUCCUCGGAGUGUUUGGAAGACUCGAAUCAUUCCUUUCAGUAUUAAAGACCUCUUUGCCGCACCAGUUCAAAUGAAAAUGAUCUUUUGACGCCAUUUGUUAUUUACUUUUCUCAACGUAACUGUGGACAAAUUCUCAGGCAAUGAAACACUGAAUACUUAUUGGCAAAGAAGGAGGCCCCUCCUUAUCUAAGGAGGCUCAGGCCAGGUCUAUUUAUUUUAGUUUUAUCAUUCCUCUCGUCAAAGGGCACAAAUGAAGACACAAGCAACAUGCCAUGUGUUGGCAAAAGGUAUCGUGGGUUUGCUCUGUCAUUGUAUUCCGUAUGAUAUCACAGGUAAAUAUUAUUCACAUCAAAGUCUUUAUGAUUUGGUUUUAGUUUUUGAUUCAUAAGGAAAGUUGAUAAACCUUGUACAUAGAUGACGAGCUAAAUGUACGCUGUAUUAAUGAGAAGUUGAAAAACUGCCUCUUUGUGUUUUCGCUUUUAUUUUCUCAAAAUUGUACCAUGUUUCUCAGGGCUAAAUUCAGUUUAAAGGAAUAGUACAUUUUGGAAAAUACAUGAUUUGACUUUUUUCUCCUUUAUAGUCACUGCAGAUUGGGAGAUCUGUAACACACAAAGCUACAGCGAGGACACGUUACAUCAGCUAACUCUGGGGGAAACAUCUAGUAUGGUUCAAUUCAAAUAAGUGCUUUCAAACUAAGUUGUUUCCUACGAUAACGGAAGUCCAUUUUGAAAGGACGGAGUACGGAUUAAUGAGAGGAGGUUGACAUGUGGCAAACGGGCACUGGAGGGUUUGAGGUGGAGAAGCCGUCCCAAUAGACAGGUUGGGAGUGAGAAUAUAUAAAUAUAUAUAUAUAUACAAAUAUAGUAUGACAUGUAAUGUCUAUAUGAAUACUUGGCUGUUCUAAACUAACUGUCUCUUGGCUGUGGCUUCACAUUUUAACAGAGAGACAUGACAGCGGUGUGUUUCGUCCUCAUCUGAGAUGUCAGCCGCUUUGUGUGGAAAGAGGAUAAAUUAAUACUAACGACUGUUUCAUAUAAAAACUUGUAGCGACUACUCGCACAGGUUUGAUGGAAUUUAGCUCAGAGUUUUGUCAUCAUCCGUCGCAUGUUAUUAUUUCUGCUUCCGGAGCGCUUGUAGAUAUUCCCGGUGGACCGGCACUCAGCACACCGCUUCAGACCCCAGGGGGGAGGUCAUUUUGGUGGCGUUGGUCUUUGACACAUGCGUGUUGGCCGACAGACAAGGACGAGGUCAUCUCAAACUGGGAGGAUUCCAGUUUCCAAGUCUGCAAUUAAGCAUUUAUAAAAGCUGGUUGGUGCUGGGAUGAGGAUGAUGAACUCUCAGUCCUCAGUUCUCCACUGUUACAUUGGUUACAUUGAUGAAUACAAAUGGAGAUAUUUACAGUGUCUUUUCACAACUAUUUUUUUAUUUUUAAGCAUUCUAUAAGCUAAGUAUACAAACUUUCAUAUAUUGAAAUUGUACGAUUUAUUUUACUCUUUAUACUUCUUUUGUAUGUUGGAGCUAUGAGGCGUGUACAUCAGCCUCCUUUUGUUUCUCUUUGCGUCUUUACCGUCAGUCUGCUGGUUGAAUGUUGAACAAAGUGCUUAAGCUUAAGCAGAAAGAACAAAAUCCGAUAAGAAAAAAAACACUCAAAUCUUUUGUUUUCUGAAAGGUAUUUGCUGUACAUUUCUUUUUCUUGUUUACCGAUGACACCGUAUUCUCUGUUAGUCAUAUACUGAAUAUACAAUAGUUCCUUUGCCGUUCAUAGUCCUUUAAACUUAUAUUUUUGUAGUUUUCUAAGAGCAGGAGAUUGAGAUUUGAACAGACAGCACAGAGCUCAGGAAGUGAUGUGUUUCCAGUGACUCACUUACAGCUGAAAUAAAAGUAUUGGUUUCUUCUUCAGGACAUCACAUCCUCAUCCGACCAGUUUUAUGUGUAAAUAUUUGGGGUUUUUUAGUAAGACUUUCGGACUUGAUUUAUGUCUCGAAAUACGAAUCAUCUUUUGGACAUGUAACCACGUUUAAUUAGAGCGAUCAACUGUAACGUAUUUCUUCGUCUAUGUUUGUGUGUCUCUUUUUGUGUGUGUUUGUGCAACGGCUGUCACUCUUCUCCUCUCUGCCAUGAACUCAGCCGUGAGUUUCAUCACCACCUCCUCAUUUCUCCUUAUUUAUUAUUUCUGUCACUCCCCAUACAUCAAGUCAUGUGCUUUGUAGAGUUUAAACUGUAAUCUGUAAACUGCAGGUGCCUUUUAAAAACGAUGGGAAUACCCAGCGAUGUUUAGAUUACGGAACAAGAGAAAUGUCUUUGCUGCAAAACGCCUCUGAGCUUUAAUCUCGGCAGUAAUGGAAAUAAAAACCUUCUUGCAACAAAAA